AUGCCAGAAGAUAUUGAUAGUCUGAUUGCCAAAUUUGUUGAAAUGGACAAAGCCAAGACUACUAUUAUGGAGGACAUGGUACCACCCCCAUCAAGACGCUCGGCAUUCACAUUAACGCCACACCCAGACAAAGAUCAGCUGAUUAUGUUUGGAGGAGAGUACUUCAAUGGAAAUAAGACGUUCAUGUUCAAUGACUUGUUUUUCUACACAAUCAAACAAGACCGUUGGAUUCAAGUAAGGAGUCCAGGUGGACCCACUCCCAGGUCGGCACAUCAGGCAGUUGCCUUGUCGCAGGGUGGUGGACAGCUCUGGAUUUUUGGGGGAGAGUUCACAUCACAGUCACAGUCUCAGUUCCACCAUUUCAAGGACCUUUGGGUAUUCCAUUUCAAGACCAAGAAAUGGGAGAAGAUUCAUCUUAAGAGUAAUCUAAAAUGUAUCAAAAUCUUCUCACCAGGGAAGGCCCCAUGUCCCAGAUCAGCCUGCCAGAUGGUCCCGAUCUCAGAUGGACGUGUUUUGAUUUACGGCGGUUACAGCAAGCAGAAGUUGAAGAGGGACGUCGAGAAGGGUGUCACACACACAGACAUGCACCUCCUGUGUCCUGAUAAACACGACACGACUGGCUUAAAGUGGAAAUGGCAAUCGGUGAAGCAGGCUGGUGUCCGCCCCUCCCCCAGGUGUGGUUUCUCCCUGGCCCCAACAGGAAGUGACAAAGCCAUCCUCUUUGGCGGCGUUUAUGACGAGCUUGACGAGGAUGAAGAGCUGGAGGGCGUCUUCUACAAUGACAUGUAUCAGCUGGACCUAAUGAAGCCUACCUGGCAUGAAGUGAUUGUUACUGGGAAGAAAGAAACGGCUGAAAAGAAGAAGAGAAGAAGAAAGAAGAAAGAUGGACAAGAAGAGGAAAGUGAAGAUGAAGAAGAGGAAAUGGAGGAGAAAUUGGAAAACAUGACAGUGGACGACAAGAAAGAAGAGGUGGUUGUUAGUGAUGAUGGGGUGUUUACAGUAACAAUGGGUCCCUCUAGCAGCAGUACAGACAAGAGAGACGAGGCAGCCGGGGGGGAGAACUCGGAGGUCUUCAUGCCGCCGCCCAGAAUCAAUGCAGGGAUGGUUGUUAAGAAAGGAAUACUGUACCUCUAUGGGGGUAUCUAUGAGGAUGGGGACAAGCAGCUUACUCUGGGUGACUUUUAUGCUCUAGACUUGAGCAAACUGGAAGACUGGCAGACUAUCAUUCCCCUGAACAAGGAGGAUCUGGAAUGGUUUGAAUCGGAUUCUGAAGAUGAUGAUGAUGAUGACGAAGAGGGUAUGGAUGACGAUAGUGAGGAAGAUGAUGAUGACGAUGAUGAUGAUGGUGGAAUGGACACUGACUAAGCUCUGUAUAUGUCUGCAAUGCAAAAGAGAGAGUUAUUGCAAUGAAUGGGAUUCAUGUAGCUUUCAGAAAAUGUAUGUUAUUGCCCCUAAAGCAUGUAUGGUGAAAAUGACUGAAUAUGGAUCCAUGUUUCAAAGUUUGCUUAUAUAUUUGUUUGACAGGUUUAUGACCAAUGACAUUUUCAGUUUGUUAUGUAUGUGAUAAUAUAUAUUAAUAAAUUGUGACACUGA